UUAUUCAAACAUUUUAAACUUCAAGUUCUGUAUAUUUUCUAUUUUGUUAUGUCAGUUUGUCAGUUUGGUUGUGGUGUCGAAUAAUUUGAUUUUUUUUAAAGCUCGUGAUUAAAUAUCAGUCUGUACUUAAAAAUACUUCAAAUACCUUAAAUCGUGGAUCAUAGAUAUAUUAAAUUGUAGAAUAUCUAAACAGUUAUAUUAUCCAAUAUUUUUAUUCUAUAAAAAUUUAGAAUAAGUAUAUAUAUGUAUGAGAAUAUAAUACAUAUUUUCAAGUAUUGUUAACUAAUUUAUUUGAAUGUAUCAUCUUUGAUAAAAACAGAUAUCAAACGUAAAUGUAUGUAUAUUAUAAUACCUAAUCUGCACUAUAUCACAACAUGAAGUAAUGUUUGUAGACGAAAAAAAGUAAUCAUAGCUGUUUUAUUAAUUAUAACAUUAUAUACCUACACGCACAAUGUCUCAAAACGAAACAACGUUUGUAGAUGAAGAAAAUUUCAAGUCAUUAGUUUGUCGAAGACUGGUUGAAUGUGGUUGGAUGGAUGAAGUAACCAUGUUAUGCAAAGAAAAGUUAAAGGACCGUUUAUCUAAAGGACAAGCAGUAAAAUCUAUUACUGAAGAAGAUUUAUUUAAUGAUGUUGCUCCUGAUGCUAGAAGAAUGUUACCAGAUACAAUCAAGAGAGAAUUAAAAGUAAAAGUACAAAAUAAAUUAUUACAAACAGCUGGAUAUUUUGAUGAAACAGAUAGUGAAUCGUAAUUCAACAUACAAGUUUUAUCCUAUUAUGUAUAUAUGUAUAGUAAAAUUAAAAUUUCAUUUUUAUUAAAAUAAUUAAUUCAUCAUAAAUAAAAACAACUUUGAAAUUA